CACAACAAAACUUUCAUCCUCGCUGCCUCCGAUGAACUCCCCAUAAAGCCAAGACCCGCCUAUGCUAGUCCUCUAAGCUCAACCGCGCGUCAAUCACACCAUCCUGAUCCAACGCUAAUCGGCACCAAACCCCGUACCCCGUUAUCAAUUCGAUCUACCAACUGACCCCCUUUUUACAUAGUAAACACCGGAGUGGAACCUCUAAAAGCAUGCUAAAGUGACACAACAUGGCGCAAUUGAAGUUGUCGUUGGUGUCACUGCACUCCCAAGAAUUAUUGUCAUCCUUCCAAUUGGUACCUGGUGAUGGAGUCCGGGAAUAAGGAGGCGGGAUCUUUGAUGCUGUGGAUCAACGAGUAGCGUGGGGGACAACGAACAGGGCAGGAGGCUGGUACAGAGGCAUGAUGGCAUUGACCCCGCGGAUGGUGUUAUUGUUCAUGUUGCCGGUCGGCUUCCGGGAGAGGGUUAUCGGGAAGCUGGCGUGAAGAGAGCGAAGGCGGGGCCGGGAAUCAGAUCACGACAUUUGUGACUGCAUGAUGGUGGCAUAGAGGGCCUUGGAGAUGUGAUGGAGGGUGUGCACCUGUCCGCGAGGGUUUGGUAGCAGGUAUUAGAGAGCCUGUAGCGCAUCGAGUGCUUCUUUGUGGUGCAAUUUCGAUUCUGUUGACUUCGUUGAAUUAGACACCCAAACAUCAUGGCCACCAUAACAACCCUCCCAGACUCCGUAGCGGCCAUCAACGCUACGGAGAAACUGUCCAACUUGUCAAUCUCCGCCCUGGAGGUUCCCGAGCUGUCUUCGUCAGAUCGCGACACCAACUCAGACUCCCAUUCAGACCACUAUACCCCAGCAACCUCACCAGGGCUGCCCCCUUCCACCAUAACGAUUCCCCAGCGGAUCUCUACAUACCCCAAGUCCCGAAUCUCCCUCGUCGACCGCUUCAUUGACCAGCCCCGUGCCCUCAAAGUAGCUGUCAUCGGCGGUGGUCUAGCGGGAAUCACAGCUGGCAUCUUGCUUCCUGCCAAAGUCCCCAACAUCCAAUUGACCAUCUUUGAGAAGAACGACGACUUUGGCGGCACCUGGCUCGAAAACACCUACCCCGGCGUCCGUUGCGACAUCCCCUCUCACGUCUAUCAAUCGACCUUCGAGCCCAAAACCGACUGGUCCGACCAGUUCGCCCCCGGCGGCGAGAUCAGAGACUACUGGCAAUCCGUCGCCAAGAAGCACGAUGUCUACCGGCUCGCACGAUUCGGCACCAGAGUCCAGUCACUCGAGUGGGAUGCGGGCAAGUCAGUCUGGAAAGUCAGCACCCAACACAAAGAGGAGGAAGGACCAAAGGUCGAAGAGUUCGACUUUGUCUUGAACGCCAUUGGGCGAUUCAACGCCUGGAAGCUGCCAGACUACGAAGGGAUCGAGUCGUACAAGGGCCACCUGAGACACGCAUCAUAUUGGGAUGGGGAGUUUGAUGUUGACGGCAAGACUGUGGCGGUGAUUGGGAAUGGUGCCUCUGGGAUUCAGCUGGUGGCCAAUCUGCAAAAGAGGGUGAAGCAGUUAGAUCAUUAUGCGAGAAACAAGACUUGGAUUGCAGGCAGCUGGGCGGGUGAUGAACGGACUGCUGGUCCUCAGCCUUAUUCUGAGGAGCAGAAGAAGUUGUUUGCGAGGGAUCCGACGGCGUACCUCAAGUUCAGAAAAGAGCUGGAAGACAAGUACUGGAGGAGGUUCUCCGCCUUCUUCAGGGGGUCGGAGACGAACAUUGAUCUUCGGGAAAGGUUCAUCGAGAUCAUGAAGCAGAGGUUGAAGAAGAAGCCAGAGUUGUUGGAGCACAUCGUUCCAGACUUCUCACCAAACUGCAGACGCCUGACACCAGGGCCGGGAUACCUGGAGGCCAUCUCGGAAGAUAAUGUCGAGUACAUCACUUCGCGGAUCGCGAGGUUCACAGAAGAUGGAAUCAUCACAGUGGAUGGCAGAGAAAGGAAGGUCGAUGCUGUCUUUUGCGCGACGGGUGCGAACGUGGACAUGGUGACACCAUUCCCCAUCAAGGGACAGGAUGGGACAGAGUUGAGGGAGCUCUGGGAUCCAGAGUCAAAGACUGGCUAUGGCUUCCCGUACACCUAUCUUGGUCUCGCCACCCCGGGCUUCCCCAACUUGCUGUUCGUCCAUGGUCCCCACGGAACAGGUCCGUCGGGUACUGUCCCGCAUUCCGUCGAGGUCCAACUGGUGUGUUUCGCCAAGAUCCUGAGGAAGGUAGCAAGAGAGGGGAUCAAGAGCAUCCAGCCAUCCAGGAGAGCAGCUGAUGAGUUCGUCGAGUACUCUGAUGCCUUUUUUACCUCGACUGUUCUUAGUGAUAAUUGUAGCAGUUGGUACAAUGGCGGGCGUCCAGGCGGUAGAAUCCACGGCAUCUGGCCAGGAAGCGCAGGCCAUGUCACGGCUGUGAGAAGAGAGCCCAGAUGGGAGGACUGGGAGUACACGUAUCUCGGGCCUGAGGGCAAUCGGUUUGCAUGGUAUUUCGGGAAUGGCUGGACAAGCAAGGAGGCAGAUGAGAACUCGGACAUGACCUCAUACUUGCGAUUACCGGGGGAGGUGAAUCUGAAGGACCUGCAUGAGAGUUGGUGGGAUCUACCCUAGAUUACUCG